CCCCGCGAUGUCUUUCGAACUAAGCGAACUGAUCGCACUCAGCUGCCCGGACUUGACUGCCCAACCGAACGGCAGCGGCCAGAUCCAGUUGAUGAUCGAUUCGGAGCGACGGCUGAGCAUCAAACAAAUGACGGCCACGGAGCUGGCCAAUAUGCGUGCCGCGGCUGCCGCCGAGGCCGAGGCACGGGCGCGUGCUGAAGCCGAGGCCAAGGCGCGCGCUUUGGUUGAGCAGCAGGCGAGCCUGGCCGCUGAGGUGGUGGCUCAGGCGCGAGCGCGUGCCGCUCUUGAGGCGGAACAGCAGCUGCAGCGGGCCAGGGAGCAGCAGGAGCGCCGUCAAGAGGCAGAGCGACAGAGACAAGCGGAUGCCACGCCCAGUCCAUCGCCCAAGGGCGUGCUGCCGUCCAUUGAGGCGCCGCGCGAUCGCAUCACAUCACUGCCCAACAUCCUGGAUGAUGCCAUGGAAAUGCAUUUGCUGAACGCAAUCGAUGGCGGCGGCGACGGCGGCGGUGGCAACUCGGAUGACUCCUCGCCCACCAAGAGCACUUCGCACCUGGCCGACUCAAUUGAGAUGCUGCGCAUGCAGCGGGCAGCUCGCGCGGCACGCUCCAAGAAUCACAGCCGAGAGCGCAGCAUCUCGCCGGCUGCAGCUCGUCUCCAUGAGAGGAGCGCAGCACCCGACCGCCUGCACAGCUCCAGCAUCAGCAGCAUGGACUCGGCCCGCGCGAGUGGCAGCCGUCGCGGCAGCACGGCCAGCGCCAUGAGCAGCGAUCCGGCUGCGGAGCUGGCAGCGCCGCCCAAGUUUCCAAUCUCCAAGACGGUUUCGGUGCCGAACAUGAGUCGUCGCCGGAGCAGCUUGACUGCACUCUUUCCGGGACCUUCGCCGUUGGUGGCGCCCGAACCGAUGCUGCACACCAAUCCUGAGACGCCGCCGGAAACGGAGGCGCCCGGUCGGGGCGGCCAGGAGGAUGGCUAUCGUGACAUACCCAGCGGCAAAAUGGUGCAUCGCACAAAGACUCCGCCCCCGGUGGGCGCCAAUUUGGGCGUAUGCCUCAAGCGGGUGACAGCGCCAAGCGGCUCGAUUACCAUCAAGCCCAAGGACUCGCCCAUGCUGGGCGUGGUGCUGCGCAAGGUGGAGAAGAAGACGGUGCCCCAAAAGAGCGUGCUGGACGACGAGAAGCCGCUGUAUCAUCUCUCGAUUGUGCGCAGCGACAACAAGGAAUACAAGCCGGCGCCCAAGCCCAAGCCCAAACCAGCUCCGCCGGCGGUGAAGCCAUCGCCGGGCGGCAUUCUGACCGGGCCACAGGUGGUGCGCACUGCCAACCGGCCGGCGGCAGUGGCCAAGCCGCAGCGACCACAGCCCGGGGUGCCAGUGACCAUAACGAAAAUCGAGGGCGAUAAGAUAAUAAUAAUCAAAAAGAUAAUUGUGCCGAAGAACAGUAAGAUACCGGAGCAGUAUCUGCAGGUUGUUGUUUAAAUGAGUCAAGAUGCUGGCAAAGCCGUCGCCGUCAAAUCAACCCAGCUGGAGGCACAGCCCCCAAUGGGCGCCGCUGCCAGCCCCAGCGUCAACGCAGUGAAGCCCAGCGAAGAGGCAUUCGUGUCGUCGUCAUCGUCGCCGUGCAUCAUGCAAAAGCCAACACCGCCGCCCGCGAGCGGCCAACAGUUCUUUCAGGUCGUUUCGCCGCAGUUCGCGUCGGUGCUCUCGUCCAGCUUGCCAGAGACCAAGUGUGCGGUGCGCUCGCCCAUCUCAUCGCCGCUGGCGCUGCGCAAGAAUCGGCCGCUGCUGCCCGCCAGCCCGAAGUCGACGCCUCCGCUGCCGCGCAAGCACCACACCAUGGCCUAUAAUGCGGCCACGGGAACCAUCACGACACCCGCCCGCCCCAUGGCCACCAUAGCCAGCAGUCCAGUGUCCAGCAUAUCGCUGUCGUCGUGCAGCUCGCCGUCGUCGUCGCCGCCGCCGCCGCCGGUGCCGUGUCGUGCACCCAAGCAAAAGGCGAGCACGAGCCAGGGCAAGAUUCCAGGCGAGAUCGACUUGGACAAGCUGCUGCAGCAGCAGCAACAGCUCGAGGAGAAGUCGGCGGCGGCCACCAGCAGCGCCAAGCUGGAUGCCAAUUUCUAUGACGCCGAGAUCGAAAUGAUGAACAAGUAUCUGAAGAGUUUGCCCGACUACAGCGAGCUGGACCGCAAGCUGCAUAAGGAGUUCCAGGAGUGCGAGGAUCUCUAUGACCGGCUCAAGCGCCAGCAGCAACAGCAGCCGCUCACCAAGUCCAAUUCGCAUCAGUCUGUGGCGGCCAAAACUGCGUUGCCAGUGGCUGCCGGCGGCCUAUCGAAAUCCUCCUCGAUCAACUUUGCCAACAAUCUGACCUCCAGUCGGGCACCUCGGCUGGCCUAUCCCUCGAUCUUCGCCCAGUCCAAUGCCAGCGAGCAGCCCAAGCUGCAGCGCAGCAUAUCCAGCUCCAACAUGCCCCUGGGCACGCCCAGUUGCGGGCCGUUGCGCCCACAGGAAGCGCCAAAGAGCGGACUGCAUAGCGACUCGAAUCUGUCGCUCAACAAGCAGCUGAUGAACGACUUCUGGAGCGAGAAUCUCUGCAGCUCGAGCAAGCGGCAGACGCCGAAGCGCACGUUCUGGAACUAUGAGAAGAUCUGCGGUGCCCAGCUGGGCGAUGCUGGGCAGCCCUUCAAGGUGGAUGCCAAAACGGCCAAGAAGCUGGCCAUAUUUGAUCCCACAGUUGCUGAGGCGGCGCAGAAGGAGCUGCAGAAGCAGCAGCCGGUCCAGCAGCAACCGCAGCAGCAGCAGCCACAGCCACAGCCACAUAGCCAUCGCCUACAGAAGAACGCCUCGUUGUCGCACUUGGAUCUGAAGGUCAGGCAGGCCGUGACCAAAGACGAUCUCUACAAGCUCAUCGUAUGCAGCGAACAGUCGCCCACGUCAGCAGCGACGGCGUCGACGACAACGACGACGACGUCAACGCCUUUCACCAGUCGCGUGCCCGUCAAGCAGCAGCAGCAGCAGCUGCAGCUGCAGCAGCAACAACAGCAACAGCAACAGCCGUUGCCAGCUGCUCAGCAGCUGAACAAGAGCGUCUCCAUGACGCACGUUUCCGGCAUUGCGACGGCAGCGACGCCGUUGCUGCGCAGCUCCAGCCGCACGCACAUACCCUGCUACAUGAAGCAUCUGCCAUCGCUCAGCCGCAGCACAUCCAACUCCGCGAUAUUGCUGAGCACGCCAGCCACAGCAGCAACAACUGGGACGACGCAGGCGCGCAAGGAGCCGCCUACAGUAAAACAGCAGCAGCAGCAGCAGCCACAGCCACAGCAGCAGAAGCCAAAUGCUGGCGUGCUGAAGAGCUCCAGCAGCUCGUGUGUGCCGUCGCCACGCUGUGCCGCUGCGCUGUUUCGCCGGCCCACGGAGCCGGCUAAACAGGCUGGCAUUGGUGCGGCUGCGCCGUCGCUGGCCACGCCCAUUGCGGAGGCAACGAACGAGACGAGCGGCUCGCUGGAGCGCAAGUCGGAGAAGAGCAACAGCACUGUGAGCAGCAGCAGCUUCACUGUGACCAACUGCUGCACCACGCAUCUGCCGCAGCUCUCAAAGUUCACCUCAUCCUUUCACAUACCCUCCACAGUUGAGCACAAUGCCAACUUAGAUCAGCCAGCAGCAGCAGCAUCAGCAUCAGCUGUUGCAGCGCCAACAACAACAACAGCAACAGCAGCGGCAGCAACAACAACGACAUCGGCAGCGACAAAGCGUCAAAAAGACGUCGACAACAAGCUAGAGAAAUGUCUAAAUGACAUGCUAAAGCUAAAGAGCAAUAACAACAAUGCAAUUAUGUCACAAUCGCUGACAGCUGAACACAAAGAGGAAAGCAGCGCCGGCGGCAGCAGCAGCAACAACGCCAGCAAAAUCGCCAGCGAAUCGCAAAUACCCGUGCCAGUGCAGCUGUACGAUCCGCAGAAGCCGCUAAUGCAGCAGCAACAGCAGCAGCAGCAGCAGCAGCAGAGGAUGGCAUAUCCCAUAGGCAAAUCCAACUCUACGUCGCAGCUGCCGAUGGGCUAUCAGCGUCUACUGCAACAGCAACAUCAGCCACAGCAACAACAGCAGCAGCAGCAGCAGCAGCAACAACAACAACCGCAGCAGCAACAUUAUCCACAACAAAAGCGUCCAUUUUUAAACUGGAACUCGUUUGCCUGCUCAGUCAUGAACGGCAGCAGCGAUCCCUUCCAGCAGCACCAACACCAACACCAACAGCAGCAGCAGCAACACCAGCCACACAAGCUGCAGCAAUCUUACUCCUCGUCGCAUGUGGCCAAACAGGCGCCCAAGUCCAGCUCCGGCCUGGCCAUGUUUCUGCAAAAGAACACCAACAAGGAGAACAAAUUCGGCCAGCCCCAAGCGCAGCAGCAGCAGCAGCAGCAGCCCCCAGUGGGCACGGCGCCACAGAUGUAUGGCAGCAGCUAUCAGGCACUGAUUAAUAAUGCGAAGCCCGUUUAUCCGCGGACUGGCGCUGCGCCGCUGACCCACUCGGCGUCCUUCAGUGCGGCACAGCGGCCCAGCAUGAUGCAGCCGCAUAAUUAUGGCUACGGCAUGAUGAGUCGCAACUAUUACAAUCUGCCCAAGCAACAGCAGCAGCAGCAACAACUGCAGCAACAGCAGCAGCAGCAACCACAUGAGCGUAAACCACUGCAAACCUUCGAUCCGUAUGCGUACCUCAAGCCUAGUCAGAGCCAACUGAUGCACCCGGUCAAGUACCAGGUGCAGUCGCAGCCUCAACCACAUCCGCAUACGCAGUAUCUGAACGCUUCCGUUGCCACGUCUGGCGUCGGUGCUGGCGGUGCUGCGCUUCAAUACGAUCCAAAUACAAAUACGCAAUUGUUUUAUGCAUCGGCGGGUAUGCAACCACAGGCAGCGCAGCAACCGCACCAUCAGCAGCAGCAGCAGCAGCAACAACAGCAGCCAAUACAACAAAGCAAUUCUGUCAUAUUCAGCCAUACAAAACAACAACAACAACAACAGCAGCAGCAGCAACAAAAUGAAAUGUCCAAGUCCAUUCUCGGCCAGCAUUUCAUCGAGACAGCAAAGCCCGUCAUUCAAGAUGAUGCUGAUGGUCACUUAAUAUACCACAACGGAGACAUUCUCCAUCACAGAUAUAAGAUCAUGGCCACACUGGGCGAGGGCACUUUCGGACGUGUGGUCAAGGUCAAAGACAUGGAACGUGAUUUUUGCAUGGCCUUGAAGAUCAUCAAGAAUGUUGAAAAAUAUCGCGAGGCAGCCAAACUGGAGAUCAAUGCCUUGGAGAAGAUAGCACAAAAAGAUCCGCAUGGUGAACAUCUGUGCGUGAAAAUGAUUGACUGGUUUGAUUAUCAUGGACAUAUGUGCAUUGUUUUUGAAAUGCUGGGUCUCAGUGUUUUCGAUUUUUUGCGCGAGAACAACUAUGAGCCGUAUUCUCUGGACCAAGUGCGUCACAUGGCUUAUCAAUUAUGCUACUCAGUUAAGUUUCUGCACGACAAUCGUUUAACGCACACAGAUCUCAAGCCGGAGAAUAUACUGUUUGUCGAUUCGGAUUACACAUCUCACUAUAAUCAUAAACUUAAUCGAGAAGUGCGUCGCGUCAAGAACACAGAUGUGCGUCUAAUUGAUUUCGGUUCGGCCACCUUUGAUCAUGAGCAUCAUAGCACAAUUGUCUCGACGCGCCAUUAUCGUGCGCCGGAGGUGAUAUUGGAGCUUGGUUGGUCACAGCCUUGCGAUGUUUGGUCUAUCGGUUGCAUUCUGUUUGAGCUAUAUUUGGGCAUUACGCUAUUCCAGACACAUGACAACCGCGAGCAUCUAGCCAUGAUGGAGCGUAUCUUGGGACAAAUUCCAUAUCGCAUGGCACGCAAUCACACUCUUUACAGCAAAACCAAAACAAAGUACUUCUAUCAUGGUAAGUUAGAUUGGGAUGAGAAGUCCAGCGCGGGACGUUAUGUGCGGGACCAUUGCAAGCCCCUGUUCCUUUGUCAACUGAGUGACAGCGAGGACCACUGCGAGCUGUUCAACUUGAUCAAGAAGAUGCUGGAAUACGAGCCCUCGUCGCGCAUCACGUUAGGUGAGGCUCUGCGACAUCCGUUCUUUGAUAGGUUACCACCGCAUCAGCGCCUGGGCGAAAUGAGCAUUAAUAAGCAGCCACUCUCGUCCGGCAGUAGCAGCCGCGAGCGCUCUCACAGUCUGUCCAGAUGAGAAUUACAGCGAUUUGGUUAUUGUUGACAACAGCGACGACGACAUCAACGUUACUCAACACACACAGCUACAAACAUGCGUACACAUACAGUGCGAAGAGUCUUCGAUCAACGUAAUGCAACACAUGAUUGAGCAGCAGACCAGCAACCGGCAGCAACAACAGUAACAAUUACAGAUACAAUAACAUAUAUACUAAUGCUGAUAAUUUAAGUUCUAAAGUCUUAUUUAGAAAUUUUGUAACUUGACUUGUAUAGAAGGAAAUUUCUACACAAAAAUAACCCAGAAUUGUUAAGUAAAUAUUGUUUGUGUGCCGCACGCUCUGCUCAAUUUGAUCCUGUGCAUUGUCUCAUCCCAGCCGCCAAUCGUGUUUUGUUUUGUAAUGAUAACCAAAUCGUGCAUAAUAUAUUUAUAGUGCGUCCUCCUAGCCCGAUACUGACGCCGCCAAACCCAAAUACCUAAAUGUAAAUGCACACAGAAAUGUGCACACUCUUCACUUGAGAUAGAUAAAGAGACCUCCCCCAACACGACUGCAUUGCUUAAAGAAAACUAAACUACAAAUGUAAAUGUACUAUAUAAGAAAUCAAUCGAUAAAGCGCUAGUUGAAAUUCAGAUCCAUGCGCAAGCUGUCAAUUGCCAUGGACUUGCUUCUGUAAUCUGUAAUUAAUCUAUUAUUUUCGAGUGCGUGAGUUGUAAGCUAAUGCAAGCCAUUACACAUACACAGAGCUAACCCCACAUGUAAACCUAUAUGUGUAUGCCAAUAUCAUAUGUAAAGAUCUAUUCGUGUGACACCUCGCCCCGGAGGGUGCCACAA